AUGAGUGAUGAUGAUGAUUCAAAAACUUUAGAUCAAAAUGAUGAUAGUAAUGUAAAUGAUAUAAAUCAACAAAUAUACGAAACAACCGAUUCUGAUCAAAGUGUCUUACAAAGUCCAAACCCAAGUCCACAAUCAUCUGACGUUGUCAAUCAAAGACGAACAAGUUUACAUCCAUUAGAAGAAGUAGAGCUCAAAAGAAGAGUUAAAAGAAAGAGGACCUCGUCUGCACACGGCGGUCAACUGUUAUCUGCAGAUGAAAACAAUGAUGAGGAGAAUCAAAGUCAACGAUCGCCACGGCAGUCAACAGCCGGUAAUAAAAAUACUCUUAACAUAAGGAUGUCCUCGUUGUUGUAUGAAGGUUAUAGUUCAGUGACGUCAAUUGAUAGUAGAUAUUUAGAUAGUCGUCGAACAAACGAAAAAUGGAAAGAAUUUGUAGUGUUCAUGUACACUGAACCAUCAAUAAUGUUUUAUUCCAACAUUUUUUUAAUAAUUAGUGGUGUUAUGAUAAUUAGUGCAAUAUUUCAGCUUGGACUUGGAAUAACAAUAAUCAACAGAAUAACCGAUCAACAAACUAUGGUAAAAAAAGAAAUGAAGUUGAGUUUUUUAAAUUAUGGUAUUCAAUCAGAUGUCACACAACGUUGGAAUUCAUUUCAGUCAGAGUUAUCAUGUUGCGGAUUACACGGUGGAAAUAGUUACAAAGCAAAACAAUUACUAAUACCUGAAUCAUGUUUUAAAAAUCAGUGGAGUCUGAAACAAUAUGUYGAAAUAAAUGAUUGUCAUAUAAGUUGUUUCGAUUUGGUGAAAAAACUUGAGGAAAAGUUUUUGAAUCCAGUCAUUAUUCUAACAUUUUUUUGUUCA